ACUCACAAGAAAAACAUGGAAACUCCGCACAGAGAGUAGUGGAGGUCAGGAUGGAACCUGUGUCGGUGGAACUGUGAGGCAACAGCUCUACUUUCUGUAGCCAUUGUGCUUUGUGAGUAAAUGGAGGAUUGAUGCUAGAUGAGCAACACAGGAAGCAGUGUCCUUGUUAACUGACCCGAUAUUGCUGUAUUUAUCAGUUUGCCAGUGUUUAAUAACAUAAACAAUUAGCUUUUUAAGAUGCAUAUUGGAAGAUGUCAUUGAAAUCAAAGACCAGGACAUGAGGCUGACAACGCUAAUCAAGCCUGCCGUUUACUUUAAAUGCUUCUAUCAAAAUAAUGAGUAGGGUUGUGGUUACGUCCACAUCAAUAAAUUCCAGCCUCAAUUUUAAAUGUAGACUAACGUUUGAAACGAACAGCAGCUCUACCGGUGUCUGAGGAAAGUCCUAAAAUAAUUCCCUGCCAUGACUCCGUGAGGAUUCCUAGUAAACAAACAAGGAAUUGCUCGGAAAUGUAUGGAAAUUCGGGACUAAAGAGAGUUUGUGUCACUCUUUUUCAGUAGCGAAUUCUUGGAUUUUGUUCUAGCAAAAUUAACUCAAUCUGGUGUCCCUUUUGAAGUUCUUAAAACUGACAUUAGAAUAGGCUCUUUCUGGACAAUCGCCACCCGUCACUGCGCCGCCCUGGAAUCCAGAGAUGGCAGCAAUGGCCAUUUGAAGACCACAUCUUCUGCGUUAGUGGCGUGAAGGUUCCCACUCUCCUGUCUCCACCCUCACAGAAUAGUGGAGCCAGCAAGAAGGAAAAAAACAUACAAACUUCGCAAUAACUUUAUUCCAAGUUCACGGUCUCGGGAGUGGAUGCGAUAGCUGGAAGACCAGUGCUUCACCGACCCUUUGGUCCAGAGCCGCGCUGUGUGCGCGCCCCCGCGGGCCUCCCCGCUGGAAUGCCAGGCGCGCGCACUGCGGCAUGUCCGGCCGGGCAUGCGCACGAGCUGGUGUUGGAGGAAGCGGGGACGCGAAACGAAGGGAGCCGGCUGUGUUGGGCUGAUUUAUGGGCACAUACUGAUCACAGCUUAACCAUGGGUGAAACACUGCAUCAGUGAAUCGUGGUUGCUUCAGGAUCUGCAUGAUUUUUUUCUCAAUAACAAUCAGAUGACGAAUGCUUCAAUACAAAACGCAACAAAUAUACACUAUGAAAAGAUUGCAGGACUUAAUUUUGAGAAAAACUUUCAGAACCACCACCAAUCAAGCACAAGUAUAAAGGGAAUUUUACUUUCAUCAGAUGAGCAAGAAGAAAAAGUGUCAUGCCCAAUCAAACAGCCACCACAACCCCUGACAGUAAUCAUAGUGUAUCAGUCCUUGGAUUCAUGCUGAUUCCUGUCACACUUUUGGCUGCCAUUGGCAUUGCAAUUGUAGUGGUAAGGUAUGUUCGUAAGAGACGCAGGUUAGAAAACCUACGCAACAAAUUGGUGCCAAUUUAUUCAUACGACCCUAGUGAGGAUCAUAAUGAUGUGGAAGAAGAAAUAGAUACUAAUGGAGAGAUAAAAGAUAAUUAUGAACUUUCAGCUGAAAAAGAAACACGACAGAAUGUGAACUGUGCCUCCAGUUCUGAUACGGGUAUUGGUAAUCAAGAAACAGGUGCACUAGACGAGAAACAGGUUUUGAAGACUGAGAGUGGACAGUGAAACACAGAUACAGAAGAGGUUAUCCCAUGGUAGAAUUGAACAGCUGAAACAAUAAUUAUUUUUGAACUAAUUUUCAGAUUGUGGCAUUGUGUUUUUGUUGCAAAGCUGGAUCUUUCAACAUUAUAUUUGUGAAUUGACUAGAAAUGAAAUUAAGAAAAUGAGAUUAAUGGUGUUAGAUUUUUAUGUGUGAAUUUGUCUUUAAAUAUAUGUGCAUUCUUGUUACUUCAGGAAGAAUUUGGUAGUUUGGUGAAAGUUGUUUAGAUUGAGUGGAGUGUCCACGGAUGUAGCAUGAAGCCUUUUGUAGACAGUUACCUUAAAUGAAUAUUCACAUAUCUGAAACUGAUAAAUACAUUUUUGGUGUUCUGAUCAAGGAUUAAUUCAUUAAUUUACCAAUAAGAAGACAUUUCAAAAAAUACAUUGCUUUAACAUUGAAAAAAGGCAAUGAGCAAGAAAUAAGAGUACAAACAGAAACUGAAUUGUUUUGAGGUACAUCCACAAUGCAAAAUCAUGCUUUGGAUAUUUAUUGAUAUUUAAAUUCAUUCUGUAUUCCUUUGCUCCCUUUAUUGAGUCUCAUUCAUUGCAAAUUUUAAAAGAACUUGAGUGAAAGUUUCUUUCUGUAAACUCCCCUCAAGUGAUUCAGUGAUAUUCAUGCCACUCCACUUCCCAGUUGGUGGAUUUGAUUCUGUAUUUGUAAUCUUACUAAAUGUGCCUUAAUGGAGAAAAAAGACUGCAUGCCACAAGGAGGUCUAUAUUGAAUGGCAAUAGAAAGUGUUUUGAAGGUCACAUAAAAAUGAAUAAUCCAUAAUUAUUGGAUCAUUAUUGUUUUCUGAGUGCUCAGGAAAUGUAUUAAAUGUAAGGUGGUAGUGCGGGUGGGUUCAGUCAUUGUUGGUAGCUAUUAUGGCUUAACUCAGUAAUUGUUGAGCUAAUGGGUUGGAUCACUUAUUACUGCAUUGAAUGUAAUUGAAUGCAAUAAACAUAUUUCAUAUAAGUC